AAACCAACGUGACGUCACUUCCGGGUAUUUGGUUUGUUGACAACUCCUGGGCGGCUGCGCUUAUCUGAGCUUAUUUUUUAAAACUGUAUCACCGCAUUGGAGUGGAGUUUUCCCACCAAGAACAUCGCAAGUUCCGUAGUGGCAGCCAAUUGAUGACCGAUAAACUAAAUUGAUUAAGAUCCAGCAGCAUUUUGAAGUGUCAGAGAAUUUGGAUUUCCAGUCCAGAUGGGGAACAGCGCUCUCAAGUCUCACCUGGAAACAUCCCAAAAGACGGGAGUGUUCCAAAUGACCGGACGAGGCAUUCAGGAGUUUCCUGAGGAGCUGCAGCGGCUCAGCUCCAACCUGAGAACCAUGGACCUGUCAGACAACAAGCUGGAAUCGCUUCCCCCUUUUAUCGGAAACUUUGCACAGCUCAGAAGUUUGACGCUCAACUCCAACAGGAUUGGCAGCCUUCCCACGGAGAUUGGGAAUCUGAAGAAACUGGAGACGCUGAGUGCCGGCUCCAACCGGAUCCAGCAGCUGCCUCCAACCAUGGACCGCCUCAAGGCCCUGCGAACCCUCAUUCUGGCAGGGAACCGCAUCUCCGAGUUCCCGUCCGGACUGGGGUCCUUGAGACAGCUGGACAUGCUGGAUUUGUCCCGCAACCAGAUUCAGAGCGUCCCGGCAGAUGUGUCGGAGUUGCAGGCCAUCGAGAUCAACCUCAACCAGAACCAGAUUUCAAUUCUAUCAGCAGAAGUGUCGCGAUGCCCUCGUCUGAAAGUUCUGCGAGUGGAGGAGAACUGUCUGGACUUGGCUUCCAUCCCUCUGUCCAUCCUGGGCGAGUCUCAGGUGUCUCUCUUCUCGGUGGAGGGAAACCUGUUUGAGGUGAAGAGCCUCAGAGACCUGGAUGGAUACGAUAAGUACAUGGAGCGUUUCACCGCCACCAAGAAGAAGUUUGCCUGAAAGCGGCCCCCUCCUCCUCCUCCUCUUAUACUGCUGCCAUGUGACACAAAUGGGCGGGGCAUUCCUGGGCACAGACAGUCAGGAAGUAGUGGAAGGACGGCUGAGAUCAUUCCAAUGUUUUUCCCACGGAACCGAUGACCAGAUGCUUUACGACAGGAAGUGGUGCUCCGAGUGACUUUUGUCAUUUGGAGGAACACAAGAAGUUGCCAUGACGAUGUAUUUGCUAGUCUGAUGCAUUUGUUAGCAGGAAGUGAGUAAAAACUGGAAGUGAAGCAGGUAGUUAUUAUUAGACACUUCCUGUGGAAGAUGAUGUAAGAACGUGAUGUUAAAUGUUGGGAAUGGAGGUAAGCCCCUCCCCUCAUACUCAUUUGCAUAAUGAUUAAUAAGUCACAUCAAUGUUAUUAGCUUUCGUCACCGCUGUUGAGUUAGUCCUGCUUCCGGUUACUUUGUCAUGACACUAAUGAAUUGCGAAAUAAAAACCCUACCUCCGAGUAAGUACUGAACCAACGCACGAUAUUUAGUCAAUUGUAUUAAUAUUGCUGGAUGCAACACACCAUGCACACUCAUUCAAUUGGAGCAAAUCAUUUCAAUGGCAUGCACCGUUAUUUGCAUUAAUCUGACAAGCGUAUGUUGUGUUUAUUCAUUGCGCGUCCCCGACGCGUCAACCGGACGGGACAAGGAUUGCCUGGAGGUCGUAUGGUUGCAACCAAAGACAUGACAAUGCAUGUGGUAGAGCGUAUGGAGCGUGUGCAAUGGAACAGAAGGUCUGCUAUGUUAAGGAAGCCAUUUGGGUGGUGCUAGCAUCACGACAGUUUACAAUGUAUUUAGGUGCUCUGAGCGGAUUUAAUUAUGUGCAGUGAGUGCACUUUGAUGAAAUGAAGGAUUGUUAUUUAUAGUGCAUAUAUACACAAUUUGUAAUAAUCAAUUUUCUGUACAAUAUGACCUACAUGUAGAUGUCAAUAAAAACCCGAGCAGCAGUGUGAAUGAAA